AAUUUUAUAUAUUUAAAUACUGGUAUUUCCCAUUAAAACAAUCAGUUGACUGUUAGACUUCUUGUGUAUAGUUUCGAAGGACAAAUCAAAACAUACACGCAAUGUUUAAAUUGUUAGUUUUUAUUGGUAUCGUGGCAGGCGUGUGCCAAGCUGAGUUAACCAAAGAAGAAAAAGAUGUAUCAACUGGCAAUAAUCUACUAGGAUUCAACAUUUACAAAGAAUUAGCGAAAAAACCUGGAAAUAUCUUGUUCUCCCCAGCAUCUGCUGAAACAAUUCUAGCAUUAACUUAUACCGGUGCUAAAGGCAAAACAGCAGAAGAAAUGAAAUCAACAUUAAACUUACCGGAUCCUGUUUCAACAGCAGCUGGUUAUAAAGCAUUGACACAAAGAUUGGAGAAAUCAGAAAAUGGAGUUACAUAUACUUCGGCAAAUAAAAUCUAUCCGGCAAAUGAUAUUAAAGUACAUCCAGCCUUUUUAAAGGUGGCACAAGAAUCAUUUAGUUCCGAUGUAGAAAAUUUAGAUUUUAGCAAGGGACAAGAAUCUGCAAAUACUAUUAAUAAAUGGGUCGAAUCAAAAACAAAUAAUAAGAUUAAAGACUUAAUCAAACCAGAUUCGUUAACCAGUGAUACACGUAUGGUUUUAGUAAACGCUGUAUACUUUUUGGGUGUAUGGCAACAUAAUUUUACCUUAAUACCAGAAAAGCUUAAAUUCCAUACUAGUCCAACUGAAUCUGUUGACACUGAAUUCAUGUUUGUGGAAAAACACAUGGGAUAUGCUGAAGACGAAGAUUUGGAUGCUCAAAUUAUUGAUAUUCCAUAUAAUGAUACUGAUUAUUCUUUACGAAUUAUUUUACCACGUCAAGUUGACGGAUUAUCCAAAAUUGAAAGUCAAUUACCAUUAGACCUUGAAGCACAAACAAAAAAAUUACACGAUCUAAAUGUCAAUCUUAAAAUGCCCAAAUUUAAAAUUGAAACAACGAUUCAAUUGGUUGAUCAUUUAAAAGCUCUUGGAAUGAAAGCAGCUUUUGGUCCUGGAGCUGAAUUAUCUGGUCUUAGUGAUGAACCUUUACAAAUAAGCGAAGUUAUACAAAAAGCAUUUAUCGAAGUUAAUGAAAAAGGAACAGAAGCUGCAGCUGCAACCGCCGUAAUAAGUUUUCUCAGAACAGCUCGUUUUGAUUAUGUACAGAAAAUUAUUGCAGACCACCCGUUUGUCUAUUGUUUAUACCAGAAAUCAACAAAUAUAGUUUUCUUUAUGGGGCGAGUUUCUGUAUUUUGAAUUGACCAAAUUCUUAUGCUCUAGACACAAUAUAUUACAGGAAAUUGAACUUAGAAUUGGCCGUUUUGUUAAUCGAAUAGAUUUUACAGCAGACAGAUCAUUUUUGUUUUUGUUAAUUAAAAAAUCAGCAAAUUUUACUCCGAUUUAUUGGUCGUAUUUCACAAUUUGAAUAGUUUUAUGCCAUUAUUUUUUUCCUUGCUUUUUCAUAUGUCUUAUUCUGUUGAAUUUUUAUAGUUUUACAAUAAAUAUUUUGUUAGUUAAAAC